AAUUCAAUUAACCAUGCUGAUAUUUUUGCUGUUGUUUUUCGAAGGAACAGAUGCAUUGAACUGUGUAGGAAGGAAUAGAGAAGUUGAGUGCUGUACAGGUUAUAAAUGGAAUGACAUCACUGGAAAUUGCAGCACAAAGUGUGAUCCUGGUUACUUCGGCAUAAACUGUACCGGCCAAUGUAGUCCUGGUCGAUAUGGAGAGGCUUGUGCCUAUCAGUGUGUUGAGUGUGAAAAGACUGAGUGCAAUGUUUCAUUUGGGUGUCCAGUCACCAUAACAGAAAAAAUUCAAGGCAUCGAAAACAGAAACCAUGCCAAAGAAGAGAACGCAGUGAAUAUUUGGCAAAUGGUAUCCCUUGGCUUCUCGGUUGGAACAUUUGCAGUUCUGGUCAUAGUAUUGGCUUACAAGUAUACCUACAGAAACUGGAUCAAAGUCACUGCCAAUCCUCAAGCUGAAAACAAUACGAAGGCAGAUUCAAACUAUCUGGCACUUAAUAAUAUAGCCGUCUACAGUGGAAUGGCAAAGGUUCAGAUAAACCUCAACACAUCGGAGAAAAAUUUCACCGUUAUCCUAAAUACUGAUUCAGAAGGAACAACCAACAUAGAAGCAUUGCGUCGAUUGGAAAACAGUGAACCCAAAAGUCCAUACGCUUUGGAGGCCUCUUUGAAUGGAAAUGCAAAAGUUUAUGAAACUCUUCAUUAAAUAACAUGUUUUCCAGGCCGCUGAAAUAUGGCCGAAAUAUUUCAUUAUCAUUUCACCAGGGAUACGUAUUGUUCAUGUAAAGAUGAUAUCUGAAUUAUCUAAAAUUUUACUUCGAUCCUUCAUGCUUUCAAAGGAACGAAUUGGAUAUGAACAUCUUGUCAAUUUUGAUGACAGAAUAUCCUGUACAUCUAACAUCCACGUCCGGAAUUGUUUUCGACGGUUCUAAGAAAGAUUUGUACAAUCAUGUAUUUAGUUUUAAAUUAUCCGAAUUCUAAAAUUUAUAAUGUAACAUUUGUACUGCCAAUUGAUGUAGAUCUUUGCAAUGUAAUUAUUCUACCGAGAAACGAUGUUGGGGCCUUAUUCUAAUGACUUCACAGAUUUUGUUUGUAUAAUAAAAAAUAAAUACAUGUAAAUAAAAUUAUUAUAAUAAAUUCUA